AUGUUUGCCCGAUCUGCAUUCCGCGCCGCUCAGCCUUUGAGGUCUGUUCGUCGAUAUGCCACCGAGGCUGGAGGGGCUGGCGGUUCCAAUGCCCUCCUCUAUGCUGCUGGAGCUGCUGCCCUUGGUGGUGCUGGUUACUGGUACUUUGGCAAGAGCGGAGCUCCCGUUGCUGCCGCUGCUCAGGACGUGAAGAAGGCUGUUGGUGUUGAGCCCAAGGCGGCUUUCACCGGUGGUGAUCAGGGUUGGGUCUCCCUCAAGCUCUCUGACGUCGAGAUUGUCAACCACAACACCAAGCGUCUGCGGUUCGAGCUUCCUGAAGCUGACCAGGUCUCUGGUCUGCACGUUGCCAGUGCUCUUCUCACAAAGUACAAGGGCCCCAAUGACGAGAAGGCCACUCUACGACCCUACACCCCUAUCAGCGAUGAGACCGACAAGGGCUUCCUCGACUUGCUUAUCAAGAAGUACCCUAACGGCCCUAUGAGCACACACCUGCACGACAUGGCUCCUGGCCAGCGACUCGACCUCAAGGGCCCCCUGCCCAAGUACGCCUGGGAGGAGAACAAACACGACCACAUCGCCCUCAUCGCUGGUGGCACCGGUAUUACCCCCAUGUAUCAGCUCGCCCGCGCCAUCUUCAACAACCCCAAGGACAAGACCAAGGUCACUCUUGUAUUUGGCAACGUCAGCGAGCAAGACAUCCUCCUCAAGAAGCAAUUCGAGGAGCUCGAGAACACCUACCCUCAGCGCUUCCGAGCCUUCUAUGUCCUCGACAACCCUCCCAAGGGCUGGGCCGGUGGCAGUGGCUUCAUCUCCAAGGACCUUCUCAAGACAGUUCUUCCCGAGCCCAAGAACGAGAACAUCAAGCUUUUCGUCUGCGGCCCUCCUGGUCUCAUGAACGCCAUCUCCGGAAACAAGGUCAGCCCUAAGAACCAGGGUGAACUGACCGGUGCUCUUAAGGAGCUCGGCUACAAGGAAGACCAGGUUUACAAGUUCUAA